UGUAAGUGCUGAUUUCCUGUUAAAUUAGUCAAACGUUUGUGUGUUUCCGUAUUAUGAUUUACAAUGGAAUUCUUUGUUCUGUUGUUGAAUUAACAUACACAAAAAUGAGAGGGUAUACAGUCUUUUGUAAUUUUAUGACAAUUUCUACAGUUGUGUAUCUGCUCAGAGCGGAAUUGAUUGACGAUCCUAAAGGAGCGGGGCAAGAUGCUUUGCCUAUCUUGGUUAACUGGCCUGAUAAAAAUGUGCAAAUUACAUGUACAAAGCAGAAGGAUCAGGUUGACGAUAAAAUUUUGUGGUAUCAUGGAGAACAUACUUUUAUUUCGUAUGGUGCACAUAAACCUAGUAAUAACGAUUACUCAGUUAAAAAAAAUAGUUACGGAGAAAUUGAACUGACAAUUAAAAAGAUUUCAAAAGGAACUCUUGGGAAAUAUUCAUGUGUUAAUGGCAAUACUAAUAGAAAGAUAAAGACUGUCGAGUUAAAGAUUAUAGAGAAGCCAAGUAUUGUUAACCAUUCCAAUACAACGUUGACGAUUACAGAGGGAAAUACUACUGAACUGUGGUGCGAGGUGGAAUCAGUGAUUGAAUACAAGAUAGACUGGUUCCUUCAUGAUGAUAGAUUAGAUCUUCCUGUCGGCAUCAAUGGGAGCAGAUUAACUAUUGUUAACAUAACCAGACAUUGCUCUGCUAUAUACAGAUGUUUGGUUACAAAUGCCAAGGGAAACAAUUCAGUUGACUUCGAUGUAAUUGUCAUACACAAACCUAUGGUGAAGAUAGAAGUCAAUACAACACAUGAUAACGUGGUAACCAAGAAAACUGAUGUUAAGAUUUCAAAGAAGAAGAAAAUAACGGUAGAGUGUAUCAUAAACGCUGAACCACGAACUGAUUAUAUUGAAUGGUCAGUCGGAAAAAAACGCAUUGGCUCCUGGAAUAAAACGUCAGGAUUGCUAGAAACUUACAAACCCUUCAAAGCACGUUACAUACUUACUAAAGACGAACCAACUAUUUCUUCAGCCCACGAGAUUCUGAAGCUUCAAAUACUAAAACCAUCAAAGGAUGAUGUAGGAACCUUCAAAUGUUCAGCAACAAAUACUGUAGACUCACAGACGGCGGAAGUGGAGCUUGUUUAGGUACCAAUCUGUCACAGUCGGUGGAAGUAGAGCUUGGUUAGGUACCAGUCUGAGUAGGCUCACGGUCGGCGGAAGUGGAGCUUGUUUAGGUACCAACAACUUACGAUUAAGAUUGAUCGUAAGUGAUCAACAAAUCAUUAUACUUCCGAUAAAUCUUAGUCGUAACUAUUUUUUGUGAAAAUGACUCCACUUUGAGAUAGAAGUUAUCUGUAUAUAUAAACAUGUUCAAGAGACGUCAGAUGAAGAUGACGCUCAGGUUGUUUAGAUGCUAGAUUUUUACGGCAUGUUCCUCAUUGAAACCAGCAUAUAAUAAUAUUGUUUUGACUGAUAAAUUAUUUAUUUGACUUGAAGAACUGUUAUUUGUUUGAUAUUCUAUUUGAUGCCUUGAUUCGUUGAUUACUUUGGUUGUCUAAAUUUUUGGUGGAUCUGUAUUAUUUUUGUUUUGAGAGGUGAUAUUUUGAAAGCAUGUUGUUUCCACAAGUAAGAAUAUUAAUAAGAAGAAGAUUAAAAAGAAGUCGACCAAACUUGGGACAACCGAAGAAGAGGGAGAGAGAGAGGAAGAUGGAGAGGGAGGGAGAGAGAGAGAGGAGAGAGAGAGAGAGAGAGAGAGAGAGAGAGAGAGAGAGAGAGAGAGGGAGUUUGGGAUUUGUACAUACACAGGCUCUGUGGUAAAUAAGAAUUAAUGAAUUUAAAACUGAUGAAUGAUAUAAUUAUAUUAUCCGAAACUGUUUUGUUUUUGUUUUCUAUAUUAAAGAUAGAUCUUGA